CAAAAGGAUCAACUAAGCUCUGCUGGGAGGACAAACAACAAUCACUGAUGCUUCAGGUUAUUUCCUUUUUUAAACAAAAGCUUUUUUUCCAGCCACAAUUUUAUCAAGACCAAAAGAGCAGAGCAAGACUUAACUCCUACACUGAUCUGCAUCUUUUUCAUUUCUGAUUCAUCAAGUUGCUCCUUUUCAGGGUUUUUUUUUUACAAUAUACAAAAGCGCUGAAUGCAAAAGGUCCGGAUUUCACUGGAAGGAGGAGAGAUGGAACAAGGAGAGAUUUAAAUGAGCUGUGGAUUCUGUUUGUCAUGACAAAGCAUGGAGAAGACAUCUGUUUGUGUCUCUGCACUCUGAUUCCCGAUUGGUAGCUUAUCUCGCAAAACAGCAACAUUGCAUGCUUCAAAUCCUGCUUUUGAGAAAAUAAAAUAAAAAAAACAACUUAAGCGGGUUCUGAAAAUGCUCCUUCUCGUGAACGUUCAAUGCAGGCAUGAUGUCUUUCAGGAUUUCACAUUGAGCUUUACAGGACUUAGUACUUGCUUUCAAACUUAGGAGUCAUUUUGGACCAGGAGGCAUGCAGACGCCUUCUCUCAACUUAUGUUUUGCAUCCCUCAUUCUCUCAGCAAUCUCAGCCUCCCCACAAUCACAGAAUUAGACCUUUUAGGUGCAUUUUUUUCUUGUGUUUUCUUCUUUUGUUUUUUGCCUGAGAGCAAACUGGACUUAGAGCAAGUGCAUUGCAGCUGAAACUCUCUCCUCAUCCACAAGUAGCUCUCCUCAGUAUUUUUGUCACUUUCCUUCACUGCAGUACCUUCCAUUCUGACACAAUGUUCGAGGAGCUUUGGAACUCCACAGAUCAGGUUGGCCUCAAUGGAUCAGAAGCAAACUUAUCUCAAAGACGUUCGUAUGGCAUAGAAGAGGACGGGAACCAGCAUCCUUUUCUCACUGAUGCCUGGCUGGUACCGCUCUUCUUCUCUCUCAUCAUGCUGGUCGGACUGGUGGGCAACUCUCUCGUUAUCUAUGUUAUUUCCAAACACAGACAGAUGCGAACAGCCACCAACUUCUACAUAGCAAACCUGGCUGCCACCGAUAUAAUCUUUCUGGUGUGCUGUGUCCCCUUCACUGCCACUCUCUAUCCCCUCCCUGGUUGGAUCUUCGGCAACUUCAUGUGCAAAUUUGUUGCAUUUCUGCAGCAGGUGACAGUACAAGCCACAUGUAUCACCCUGACUGCCAUGAGUGGAGACCGCUGUUACAUCACUGUUUACCCUCUCAAAUCUCUCCGUCACCGCACCCCAAAAGUAGCCAUGAUAGUCAGCAUUUGCAUAUGGAUUGGCUCCUUCAUCUUGUCCACCCCAAUUUUAAUGUACCAGCGGAUUGAGGAGGGCUACUGGUACGGUCCGAGACAAUACUGCAUGGAGAGAUUUCCCUCCAAGACACAUGAGAGAGCAUUCAUCCUCUAUCAGUUUAUUGCCGCCUACCUGCUGCCGGUUCUCACAAUCUCUUUCUGCUAUUCGAUGAUGGUGAAGAGAGUAGGUCAACCCACUGUAGAGCCUGUUGACAACAAUUAUCAGGUCAACCUCCUGUCUGAGAGAACCAUCAGCAUUAGGAGCAAAGUCUCCAAGAUGGUGGUGGUGAUCGUCCUCCUCUUUGCCAUCUGUUGGGGUCCCAUCCAGAUCUUCGUGCUUUUCCAAUCUUUUCAUCCAAACUACCAACCCAACUACACAAUGUACAAGAUCAAGACCUGGGCCAACUGCAUGUCCUAUGCCAAUUCCUCAGUCAACCCCAUUGUUUAUGGGUUUAUGGGAGCCAGCUUUCAGAAGUCUUUUCGGAAAACCUUUCCAUUCCUUUUUAAACACAAGAUCCGGGAUAGUAGCAUGGCGUCGAGGACUGCCAACGCUGAGAUCAAGUUUAUUGCUGCAGAGGAAGGCAACAAUAAUAAUGCUGUGAACUGACUCUGAGAAUUUAAAGAUAAAAAGUGAGAUUGUUGUUUUCUGAGAAACUCAUCUGUCAGCCAGAAGAUCUUUUUGUAACCGGCAAAGAACAACAGAUUCAUCUUCAAGGAAAACACUGUGCUCUGUGUUUAUUUUCAUUUUUUAUUAAUUUUCAUAUUUAAGCAUAUGAAUAUGAACUGUUAUUUGAAACUGCAAUCAGUCAAACGUUUAUAAAAUACAUCUGCAACUUAGAUUUAAAUGUAUUGGUUUUGCUUGAGCUCAGUUUAUGUUAGAAUCAGAAUCAGCUUUAUUGGCCAAGAUUGUGUACACAAACAAAGAAUUUUACUUUGGUUUCAAAUGCUUACAGCAUACAGAGAUUACACAUUUGUGAAUUUAAAUUAUUUUUAGGCCCGAGCAGCAAAGCGCUGCGAAAGCCUAUUGUUAUUGUACUGUUUCUUAUUCUUAUUUUUCUGCCCCCCCAAAGAGGGGGCUUUUUGGGGGCUUUAUCAUAUUCAAAAACUCACCAAACUUGGCGGAUGCAUCAAGCCUGUUUAAAAAGUUUGCAUUUUAAGGUCGUCGCAAAAAUCGCAGAAAAAAAUGGCUCAACAACGCCACCUAGCAAUUUUAAAAAGACCCUUUGCUAUUCCCUUACUUCGUCGUAGAGACAUGAAAUUUGGUACACUUGUAGAGGUCACCAAGAUGCUUAGAAUUUACAAUUAACGUCAUAGUGCAAGUAUCACAGGAAGUCGGUCAUUUUGGAUUGAAGUUCCAAUUUUGACCCCAUUUUUGCCGUUCGCAGCCAUCGUAUUUGAUCAAACUCCCCUUAGGGAUUUCGACUGAUCGGCUUCAAACCCGGUCAGUCAGAUCAUAAGGCAUGGCCAAUUCAAAGCUAUCCAAACGGUGGGUUUUUGAGCAAGCUGUGGGGGUUACCAGGGUCAAAGUUCACCUACUCGCCAUGAAACAGUUCUAGCUCCUACACUAAAGCUGUCAGGGUAACCAAACUUUCAGUGAUAUCAUCGGGAGUCCUACAUUACUCAAUGGUCAAAUGAUGACAUCACUAAGGCCACGCUCCCUGAGAACAGGAAGUGUCAUGUUUUACUGUGAACGGUCGCUAUCUUACCCCUUUGACCUAAUCAACAUGAAACUGUGUCCAGAGACAGAAGACAUGUUGGUGUGUUGUGGUGUGUCACAUUGACAAAAGCUGAUCUUUUUUGGGUUUUUAGUAAGUAUGUGCUCUGUGUUGACUCUUACAGAGACCAGAUCUCAACAACUGGUGGGAAUGCUCUAGCUUAAUGGUUUAGUUUUUGUCCAGGCGUUAAGAGGAUCAUAUGAAGUAAGUUGCAACUGCAAGCUACAAAAAAGAAAAAUAAUAAAAUAAAAUAGUAUCCACAAGAAGUAGCAACUACUGCAACAGUAGAAGCAUCCUAUUGGUGAGGUACUCAGUCUUGAUUACUUACAGCAAAAAUCAGAAAUUUACCUCAAUGAUAAAACAAAAUGUUCUAAUUUUUGCAAACAAAACUUAGUGUAAUAUUUUGCACAUUUUGUAUUUGGACAGACUGUGAUCAUAUUUCAAACUUACAAAUAAAUGACAAUUCUGGUGUUUCUGUUUACAUGAAACUUUUUCUGACUUAGCUUUCUUUUCUUUUAAGGGCUAAAUUACCUCACUUAGGAGCUAAUAAAUAUAGCUUAGGAAAGUCACAUUAAGGACAGAUUAUCAUCAGGUGCUGGUAGUCUGAGCCAGAAAAAAAGGGGAAUUCAAAAGGCUUUUCAU